UCUCUUUUCGCUACCUUUGAUUUUGCUGUUUCUUUUUUCCCGCACUUCCAUAUCUCUAUCACCCAGUUCUGUCCCUAUUCGCCAUGUCAAAGUGCCAAGACUCCUUGCUAGAUGCUAAGCACAAAGAGGAGAUCGAGAGGAUAAAACAAUCAAUAGCCACGCGCGCAGAGGAUAUCGUCAAGUCGUUCAUGCCAAAAAAGGUGAUUGAACUAAAUAAACUCUUAGACAGCGAAGACUUUUCGGCCGACUUCUCCAAGAUUAGCACUCCCAUAAUAUUUGACCGCGAUACGACUGCCGACGAACAGCCAGACAGCGACGAGCAUUCUGGUAAAAAAAGAAAACUGACUGAAACAACUCAAACAUCUAUAAAACAGACUGAAGCAGCUGACUCGCAUUCCCGCGUAAAAGACAAUACCAGUGUCUCGUCCAAUCCACAUAUUAUAAAAGUCUUUGACGUUCUAAAAGCCAAUGUGCUGGAAUUUAUAGAGACGCUCACUGCUGUCAGGAUAUGGGUACAACUAAACAUCCCUAGGAUAGAAGACGGAAACAAUUUUGGCGUCUCGAUACAAGAAGAAACCCUCAACGAGCUGGCACGUGCGGAGGAAAACGCGUUCUCAAGUCUAGACAACAUACCAAAAUACUUUCUAAACCGUGCCAGAUAUAUUACUAAAAUUUUGAAAUAUCCAGGAAUUUCCGACUAUAGACAGAGUGUCAUAGAACUAGACGAAAAGGUGUACAUUAAGGCUGUUUUGAUAUUGAAAGAGGUUAGAGACAAUUAUUCUAUUUUUCAUGACAUGAUAGUGAAGAAUUGGGCUAAAAUUCGCAAGCCGAGAUCAGACAACGAGUCGACUCUGUACUAGACUACGCUUAUCACGUAGAUGAUCAAUAGUGCACAUAAUAAAAACAUCAGCUGAUGCAAGCUAAACCAAAAAAUUUGAUCCAACUGUGUCGCGAGCAUCAGGGCCCAAGAAAAGAGAGCAACGAAGUCAGCUACUUGUUCGAGGCGUACCGUGAUUCAGAUAGACACUUAAAGGGGACACCAGGUGUUGACGUGGCUAUGCAUUACACUGAAUCAAAGGCAUACAGGACAUGAAGGAAGGGAGGAAGGCGCAAGAAGGGCAGUUUCGUGACCCAGAAGCUUGGCAGAUUUUCUGAGUUCUAGUCAGCGCUAUGAGUGCGUGUGCAAACCAUCAGGAAGAUCGCCUCGUAAAAGCAUUACGUACAAUCCACUCAAUCAUUGACUAGUAGGUAGAUAGAGUUACAGGCAAAUCAGAUGUCACGAAGAGAUUAAUAAAAAGCUACUUUUAAAA